AUGGCCCCCUCUAGUGAUGUCGGAUACAUGAUGUCGGAUGCUUUGUCUCGAGUUGGAACAACCCCUCGGCAGACUGCAUUUCCAAGCUCUUCCGGGGCGAGGCCACGAGCCCCUCCAUCGGAAUCUAACGCCGGAGCUCCUAGCGAUGAUGAAGGCGACGGGUUUGCGGAUGAUCAAGUUCCGAACAAGUCGCGUCGUGCUGGGGCCACGGAUAUCCCUCGGGUUGAGGAUAAAUUAGGACUAACAGUUCAAGAGAGCUUUGAAGAUUUCAUUGAAAAGUUCAUCGAAGACUCUGGAUCGAGUGUCGCACCGGUAUCAAGCGCUCUCACGACAGAUAAAUAUUAUGUUGCCCAGAUCAACAACAUGCGCGCAUAUCAACUCUCUACCUUUUACGUCGACUUUAAGCAUCUUCUCUCGUACCAGAACGGUGGUCUUGCUGAUGGCAUAAUAAAUCAAUAUUACCGGUUCUCUCCUUUCCUCACCGUGGGGCUCCAUAAUAUGAUCGCGAAACACGAACCCCAAUACUUUCGGGAGCACCGACAGCCCACUGCUUCAAGCCAUAUGGCAGGUUCAGCCCUCAGCACUACGGGAUCCGUGGAGUACGUUCGUCGACUGGCAAAAGUUCGUAUCCAGGAAAACAGCUCGGAAAUUCCUACGGGUAGUAUGCCACGCACCAUGGACGUGAUCCUUCGUGGCGAAAUGGUCGACAGGGCAAAAGCUGGUGAAAAAUGCGUUUUCACGGGUGCUCUCAUCGUCGUACCUGAUGUGAGCCAACUGGGUCUUCCAGGUGUUCGACCUACUGCUACCCUGGGCGUCCGCGACCUUACGUACCGCCUUGCUUUCUUGGCCUGCAUGGUCACUCCUGAUGUUGGCAACGCUUCCGCGACUAUGGGCAAGGGCUCCGUUGCAGACGUUAUCAGUGCACUGACCCAGAAUUCGUCGAGUGAAGCCGAAUCUGUCGAGGAGGCCCAAGCUGCUGUGCUUGCCUCUAUGAACCCGUCUGAGAUUGAGGAGUUACGACAGAUGGUUCACAGCGACCAUAUUUACUCACGGCUUGUUCACUCUAUUGCACCAAUGGUCUACGGCCACGAAAUUGUCAAGAAGGGCAUUCUUCUCCAGCUAAUGUCUGGCGUAGGCAAGUCUACAGCGGAGGGCAUGCAGCUCCGUGGCGACAUCAACAUUUGUAUCGUUGGCGACCCCUCUACGUCGAAAUCACAGUUCUUAAAGUAUGUCUGCUCUUUUGCCCCGAGAGCGGUCUAUACUAGUGGCAAGGCAUCCUCGGCCGCUGGUCUCACAGCUGCGGUUGUCAAGGACGAGGAAACUGGCGAAUUUACAAUCGAAGCAGGUGCACUUAUGUUGGCGGAUAAUGGUGUUUGCGCGAUUGAUGAAUUUGACAAGAUGGACGUCGCCGACCAAGUUGCUAUUCACGAGGCUAUGGAGCAACAGACAAUUUCAAUCGCAAAGGCUGGCAUCCAGGCAACGCUAAAUGCGAGGACAAGUAUCCUUGCUGCUGCUAACCCUGUAGGAGGCCGGUAUAACCGCAAAUUAAACUUGCGGUCCAAUAUCAAUAUGAGCGCCCCAAUCAUGUCUCGUUUCGACUUGUUCUUCGUCAUCCUCGACGAAUGUAAUGAGCAGAUUGACCGAAGGUUGGCUGACCACAUAGUUGGCAUUCACCAGCUGCGUGACGAGGCCAUUGAACCCGAGUUUAGCACGGAACAAUUGCAACGCUAUAUACGUUUCGCGCGAACUUUUCGACCAGAAUUCACGGAUGAUGCUAAAGAAGUUCUGGUUCAGAGAUAUAAGGAAUUGAGGGCAGAUGAUGCACAGGGUGGUAUUGGCAGAAACUCGUAUCGCAUUACUGUUAGACAGCUCGAGAGUAUGAUUCGAUUAUCGGAGGCUAUCGCCAAGGUGAACUGCGUCGAAGAGAUCAGCACAACCAUGGUCACGGAGGCUUUCAAUCUCCUGCGGCAGAGUAUCAUCUCGGUCGAGCAUGACGACGUGGAGAUGGAUGACGGAGAGGAAAACGAUUCUCUAAGCGAUGCUGAGGCUCUUCGCCGUGCCGCUGAUAGGAUCGCAUCUAAGAACACACAACAUGAACUAGGCGCUCAGCUAAAUGAGGCGGACUCGGAUUCCGACAUGGAGUCAACAUCUCACAUCUCAAAUCGUGCGAGCCAGACUCCAGCUCCGCCCACCCGCGCUAAACAAACGAUUACAUACGAUAAGUACAUCGCGAUGGUCAACGUUUUUGUGCAACGUGUGAAUGAGGACGAAACUGGCACAGGUGAGGGCGUGGAGGGCGACACACUUAUUCAGUGGUACCUGGAGCAGAAGGAGGAUGAACUUGACGGCGAAGACGCAUAUAAUCGAGAACUCGCUUUGGCGAGAAUGGUAUUGAAGAAGAUGGUUAAGGACAAUAUCCUUAUGGCUAUACGUGGCGAUAGCUUGACGGAAGAGGACACAAGAAGCCCGACCCACAGUAGCAAAACCGUAUACGUCCUUCACCCUAACUGCGCUAUCGAAGAAUACUAG